AUGGCAUCGUCAUCCCCCAAGCGUUUUGUCCCGUUGAAGAAGGGCCCCCAUGACGUUCCCAGUGACACUCCCGCUCUCCGGGGCGUCGUCUUUGACAUGGACGGCACGCUUUGCCAACCUCAGACUUACAUGUUUGGAGAGAUGAGGCAAGUCCUUGGAAUCCCAAAGACAACAGACAUUCUCGAGCACAUCGACACCCUCCCAGACCACGAGCAAAAGACGGCCCUCGAGUCCAUCCGCGCCAUCGAGCGCGAAGCCAUGAAGUCGCAGACCCCGCAGCCGGGCCUCAUGACCCUCAUGGCCUACCUCGACGCCAAAUCCAUCCCCAAGGCAAUCUGCACCCGCAACUUUGAGGUCCCCGUCCAGAACCUUUUGGAAAAGUUCCUCGAGGGAUCUCGUUUUCACCCCGUCAUCACCCGUGACUUUCGGCCACCCAAGCCUGAUCCCGCUGGUAUCCUGCACAUUGCCAAGAAUUGGGGCCUGCAGGACGGGACCGGCGAGGGAGACGCCAGUGGACUCAUCAUGGUGGGUGACUCCAUCGAUGACAUGACGGCUGGGAGGAAGGCUGGUGCUGCUACGGUACUACUGGUCAAUGACGUGAAUCGAGAGCUGGUUGAUCACGUCCACACGGACCUGGUUAUUAGCACGCUGGAUGAGCUGGUUGAUAUUCUUGAGCACGGCUUUGUUGGACGGGAGGUGGAUGAUGAAUGA